AUGGAUGUCGAGAGUAGUACAACUGGUCAAUCAACAUCGAUGACCGCCGCCACCAAAAAAAUACGAAUCAUUGUAAAAUAUCAAAAUACAGAGAACUUUAUCAGUUGGUAUGGUACGACCAUUCCUUCGCAGACAAUCGAGGAUGCCAUUCGUACCGUUUUUCAAUUGCCAUCUGGUUCACGCCUUUUCCUCAAAGAUGAAGACGACGAUGUCGUUGCCAUCGCACCAACUCUACCACCCGGAGGUAGAUUCAACCUCUUUGUAGUGUUGGCCGCCGGUAGUUCAGAGUCUUCAUCCUCCUCCGCCUCCUCCUCAGCCGUCGCCACCUCCUCAGAACCAAACAAUCCAAUUUCUGUAUCUACUUCCACCUCUACCAAUGCCAGUAACAUUACAUCACCAAAAAUCACACCAUUGUCAUUGCCACAAACUCCGCAAACCAACAACAUCACUGAAAUCAAUAGCAACAACAACAACAACAAUAACAAUCAAGUCGAAUCACCUAAGUCCUCCUCUGAAUCACCAUCACAACAGACUUCACCAAAGUCAAUAAUCACACAAGAUCAACAAAUUGUUGAGGCAUUCCUCAAGAUUGCCAAUAGUCAGGUCAACAACAAAUCUGAUGAGAAACAACAUCAAUUGUCUGACUCUAGUGAAAUUACUCCGCCUUCUACAUCGUCAAACAACUUGGCAUCAUCGUCAUUGUCAAUUACCAGCAUCUGUAAUGAUGACAAGAUCGAGUUGAUCACCAUACCCACAACCUCCAACAACCCUGACGAUGCCGAUGCCAAGAACUCGUCAAAGCGCGACUCUGGUGAAGUCGAUUCCAACGAUGACGACGAAGACGAGAGGAAGAAGCGCAAGCGUAGAAAAGCCGUUGAGAUUGACCGUAGUUUCAAGUGUUCGAUGGCCAACUGCCAAAAGGUCUACGGAUCUGAGAAUGCAUUGAAAAUGCACAUCAAGUUGAAGCAUCCAGAAUACCAAUACCUGAUUAUGCAACAACAAAUGCCAUUACACCAAAAGCCACCACCCGUCAUUGUCAACAACAAAAUGUUGAACCAUGGAAACGGUAACAACAACAAUGCCAACGGAAACAACAACAUGCCAUUUAAUGCACUGUUUUCAAAUUUGGCUGCUGCCCAACAACAACAACAGCAACAACAACAACAGCCAUUCGGACCAAGAAUUGCUACUUCUCUACUUGUUCCAUCACGUAAUCAAAUGGUUAACAACAACAAUAGCAAUGGUAAUGGAUCGAGCAACAUUAACAACAUAAUCAAUGGUGGUAACAAUAGCAGCAACGGCAAUGGUAAGAAUCCAUUUACCAAUGGUAUUCCAGUGCCAGAUAUGAAUCCAAAGGAUAUCUUGAUGCUCUCUAAACAACAUGCUUCCAAUAACAAGAUCUUCCCAGGAGGUAUCAUCAAGCAACAUCUCACCAACUUUAUCAAGAAUCAUCAAGUGGAGCCAGAGUUAUUCCAACAAAUGUUGGCAGUUGCACAGCAUCAACAUCAACAAUAUCAGAUGCAACAACAACAACAUCAUCAACAGCAACAACAACAACAACAGCAACAACAAAAGGCAUCUUCAUUGUCUUCUUCUGCCUCUGUUAGCAAGUCGCCUUCUCCACCAACGUUGCCACAGACACCCACUCAGUCAUCGUCGCCACCCACACCAUUCAACUCACACUCACUGCAUAAUCUCGACCUUGAAAAGCUAAACAAAGAGUACUUUUUCAAUAUGUUGAACCAGCAGUCGCCAUCCUCUGCCUCCAGUAGUAACUCCAAACGCAACUCAUCACCAACACCUGCCAGUUCUUCAAGUUAUCUCGACGAUGACGAAGACGAAGAUUUCCUCUCGAAAUUCAGAAGCAUUAGCAGGAACAGUCCAAGCAUUAAUAAUAAUAACAACAAUCAUAAUCAUCAUCAUCAUAGUAACAACAAUAAUAAUAAUAAUAUAAGGAUAAAUAGCGAACCAUUAUCAUCGUUUAAAUCAAAUAACAGUUAUAAAGUAUUACCAUCGAAAUCAUCAUCAACAACAAAUCACUCUGAAGAUAAAGGUAAUUUAUCAUUCUUAGUAUCAGAUAACCGUAGUAGUAGUAGUAGUAAUAAUAGUAGUAGCAGCGGCAACCACAACAAUAAGAACGAUUCCAACAAUGCCGCUAGUCUCUUAUUAUUAUUAGAUCAAUAA